GGGGAUUCGUUCGUUCUUUUGGUUCUUUGUUUAAGUUGAUUUUUUUUUCUUUUUCGCCCGGCAAGUUUCGGGAACGUUCUCGUUGGAUCGGGAUGAAAGUGACGAUUAAACGUUGGACCAGCGUGGCCUCUUGGCGCUGGAUUGCCAAUGACGACAAUUGUGGCAUAUGCCGAGUGCCCUUCGACGGAUGUUGCCCAGACUGCAAAAUGCCGGGUGAUGACUGCCCGCUAGUGUGGGGCCAGUGUUCACACUGUUUCCACAUCCACUGCAUCAUGAAGUGGCUCAACUCCCAACAAGUCCAGCAGCUAUGUCCAAUGUGCCGUCAGGAGUGGAAAUUCAAGGAGUGAUGGUGCCGGGAAGUUGGAAUACAGUUGAACAGUGGCCACCCUAGCUCUCUCUCUCAUUUUCUUUUUAUUUAGCUGGCUCAGCUAGAUGCAAGGCAGUUCUCACAAUACAGCCUGGUAUUAAAUCAGCAUGAAGGUAUUGCUGGCAAAACAUUGCUCUGUGUGACACGUGAGGUUAUUAGUGAUUAAGGCAAACAAGAAAAAUGAUCACAGAAAAUGGAGUCUUGAAGUGGUCAAGCAAGCAAUGUCACUGUAGCCAAUGUUUCAAAAAGUGGACUUGUCUUUUUUGAACAAUUGAUGAAGGCAAGACCACUAGUCAGAAAGUUUGGCUCUAAUAACAACCAUUGUUUGAACUACCAUUGAUUGCACUAGUAACUAAAUGAGGACAUGCAGAAUAAGCAAAAUGAGUCCUUCAGAAAUCCUUGAGAUGGAACUAGAUUCACCAAAGGGAAUCCAGCUGGAUUUAAACUUCCCCGUUUGCCACUCCUACUCUGGCUUGCUGGUUUAACUCGUUUGGCUAAUCAGUGCACCUGUCGGGAUAAAUUUUCCCUCGUGCUGCCACUCACUUGCCUUCUAGCUAGAUUAACAAAAGUCAAAUUUGGUCAAAUUACUGUAAAUUACUGUUGUAAAACUGCAGAGAGAGAGACACGGAUGAAGAAACAAGCCCCAACUCUCACUGCUAGGCUGUUGUGCACAUUCACAUGGUUAUUUUGUCACAUCGUAAUUGUCAUUCUGGGCUGUGCAUUUUCUGUUCACGUCUCUCCCAUCAGCAACACUAUAAGACGCUGAGGUGUACGUGGUGUUUGUGAAAAAGUAGUUCAAGUUGAGAAAUGCACACGAGAUUAAUUAUGACUGUUGUUGCCUGUGUGUACAAUCUUUUAAGAAUAUAUUGCAAGGACUGUAUGUAAUGACUCUGAAUAGAGCCGCAUGUUUGUAUUCUUUGUUCAUGUGCAUUCUCAAGUUGUUGAGAUUUAAAAAAUAAAAGUUUUGCUUCUGGUGUGCAUGCUUCAAAAAGGUAUACUGCAAUGGACAACCCUAAGUACCUAUGUGUGUGUGGGGGGGGGUCUGACUGCUGUGUGGUAGACACUGAAUGACAAAAGUUAUGUGGCAAUUCCAUUUGCAGCUGGUCUUAAGGAUGUGAAAUUUUAGUAGUAACCUACCUUAUUGUGCUCCACUAAAGGCACUCUUCUCUCAUUAUGCAUUGAUAAUUCAGAACUGUCUUGGAGCUUUUGCGAAAAGACCAUUGAUGUUUUGCAAUAUCCUGGAAAUAAGCUCCUUGGAAGUUGGAAGUGUUCCGCUUUAAGCAGACAUUUGUGUUCAGAAUAUAUUCUUAGCUAAAGUGAGAAAGCAUGCUGGCCAAUGUUGUGUAUUCACAAAUCUGCCUUGUAUUGUCCCCCCCCCUGAUUUUCUUGGUACUGAUACCGAAAUGGGGCUGUCACAGCCCUGACUUACUGGUGCCUGUUCUUGAUAACGUAGUGUAAUUGUUCCAUUUUAAUAAGCAUUCAUCAUGAGCGAUCUUUAUCUUCCAGCAGUAUUUUGAGAACACAAAGUGCUCUAAUUGCAAAGCAGCUUAUUAAGGCAAGAUUUCUCAAUUGCACACUCGCACAUCACGUGCACAUAUGUGCUAAGUGCGUGCAUGUCUCCUUUCAUCCGUCUAGUUUAUGUUAUUUAUUUAACAGCAUGGAUUAGUAGAAAACCCUUACAUGACCAUGACAAAGAUCAGGAACAAAUGGCACAAAGAAAAAGUAACGUUAGUAACUCGGCAAGAAUACCCUUUGGUCACAUGAUCUUGGAUUGUAGCGUGAAGUGACACGGACAGAGACUAGAAGCAGACAGGAUGAGCGCUAACUGUCAACUAAAUUUUUAUUGAAACUAACAACAUAUAUAUAGGUGAGGAGCGGCAUUUGCAAUCACCCAUUCAUCUGUUGUUAGUUUCAAUAAAAAUUUAGUUGGGAGUUAGCGCUCGUCCUGUCUGCUUCUAGUCUCUGUCCGUGUCACUUCGCGCUACAAUCCAAGAUCAUGUUACCGCACCAACUAGCCCAACUUUCUAUCCUUUUGCAUUACACCUCUUGGUCAUUCACAUUUGUUCAAUUUGAGUGCAUUCAUGUGUGAAAAUAGUGAUUUCAAUGAACAUUCAAUUAGCCUUCCUGCUUGUACACUCUAGACGACUUGCUCGGCUUAUAAAAAGUUUUGUUGUGCAAACAUAGUCUUGAAGAGCAAGAGAAUCAAUGUUAUUCAUAGAGUCAUGUGUUCAGAGAGGGCUUGCACCUUUCCAAGGCAGUUGUAGCCUGCAGUCUGUAAGUGUUGCAUGGAGAAAACAUGAUUGCAGUGAUGGAUGCAGAGUUGGUACUAAAACUGUGCUGUAUCAUGUAAAUACGUUGAAUAAACAGUUUUGUAUUUA